GACAGACAAAUCGCGAAGACGUAGACAGUGGUUGGAGAAGAGAGAAGAUGGGGAUAGGCGGAGGUGGAGGAGCAAAGCAGCCGACUGGAGAGAUGUUUGCGGUGGCCAAUCUGAUGAGGGAACAGCAGAACCCAAUUCAGCAGUUUCAGGUGAAAUUCAAGGAGGUGGAGAGUGGGUUCAAGUCUUGGUUGUCCAAGCAGUCUUUGCCCGUCGAAGCCGCCAUCGUCUCCGCCAUGAGCGGUGUUCAGGGAGCUUUCAUCGGCGGUCUCAUGGGCACUCUCUCCCCAGAAAUGCCUCAGCCGGGUCUCGACCCUCAAGCUAUGGCUUCCUUCAAGCAAGCUCAGGCUCUUGUUGGCGGGCCAUUGGUCCAAGCUCGGAACUUUGCUGCGAUUACCGGUGUAAAUGCAGGCAUAGCGUGCAUUAUGAAACGGCUUAGAGGCAAGGAGGAUCUUGAGUCUGCUGUGGUUGCGGCAUUAGGAUCUGGGGCAGCUUAUUCUUUGGUAAGCUCAGGCUUGCAAGGACAGCCUGUCAACGCCAUCACCACCGCAGCCGGUUUUGCGCUCUUCCAAGGAUUGUUUUUCAAGUUGGGAGAAAGGUUCUCUAAACCAACCGCUGAGGACCCGUAUUACGCCCAGGCAAGAUCCAUGCUGUUGAAGCUGGGCCUUGAGAAAUACGAGAAGAAUUUCAAGAAGGGCUUGUUAAAUGACUCCACCUUGCGUCUGCUCACUGACAGCGCGCUAAGAGACGUGAAUAUCCCGCCGGGGCCAAGACUUCUGAUACUGGACCACGUUCAGAGGGACCCUGAGUUGAAAGGGAAGAAAGGAAGCAGAGGCUGAGCCAUUUUUGUCUCCUGUUAAUGUGGUUUUAAGGAUCUCUCAAAUCACAUAAUGUUUUCUUCUAUUUUUUUUGGGGGCUGUUGUUAGGAAGAACUUCGGUUGAAAUUUCCGAGGAUGUCCUUUUCUAGUAUUAUGCUUUACCUCUUCACAAGCUGUGCUUGAGAAAUUUCGAGAUUUAAAUCUUAAUAACCUCUCUUGCGUGUC